GUCUCUAUUUUAUGCAUGGGGAAUCAAAGUGCAGAGAGACUAAAGCCACCAUGGGGAGGCAGCUGCUUUCAAAGAGACACGCCUGAGACAUUUGUCCAUUUGAUUUUCUCUUAUAGUCUGGGAUCCAUGGAAGGGGCAGAAGCUUCUGAUACACCAGCUGAACAAAAAAGAAAUCCAGACACUUUCCCUGGAGAUUAUGGAAAUGGACCAAUAUCAGGGCAGUUUCCAGCACUGGAAAAGAUCUCUGAACAUACUUUGAGUGCUACAUUAAAGACCAAUAUUAAGAUGGGAGAACAAGGAUUAGGUCUUAUAGUAAUUCAGAAUGGACCAUAUCUUCAGAUGACAAGUCUUGUUGAGAAAGGCUCUGCAGCUAAGAAUGGAAGACUCAAACCAGGUGAUAUUUUGAUUAAAAUUGGACACGCUAACGUUUUAGGAUGGACACUGCGAGAGCUUUGGCAACUUUUGCACAAUAUUCCCAUAGGAACAGUUCUACAGAUCAGGGUUUACAGAGAUUUUGUUGAAGUACCUCAGCACUGGCAAAAUGCACUUGAAUUAGUUCCUGAAGUAAAGCCUCCUGUGAAGACAGACAUUUCAAGUAAAGACAGUGAGACAAAAGACGACACGUGGACAAGUAGUGAUGAUUAUGAAGACGUAGACUCGGACAGAAGUUUUAGAUACAAAACUACACAAUCAUUUUGUUAUGAUUCGACCAAAGAAUUGCCAUCAAUAUCAAAAACGUGGCAUGCAUUUAAAAGAAAAACACACACAUUUACUGUAGGUGCUGACAUUGGAUGUGAUAUUAUAAUUCAUAAAGAUUUUGAUGCAUGGUAUAGUUCUGACUUUGCUACUGAUGGCAUUAGAUCUCCUUCAUACUGGACUAUGGAAACACAGGACAGCGAAUCAUCAUCAUCCUCUUCCUCUAUAUCAGAUGCAUUUUGGCUUGAAGAGUUUGCCAGUAUUUUGGAAUAACUGAAUGGUCACAUCCAAUUUUAAACCUUCAGAAAUUGGAUUUUUCUGAAGCACUUCAUCAUCUGAAGGUUCACUUUCAAAAUAUUGAUUUUGAAAUUAGCUAAAUUGAAGAUUUAGCAUAGCAUGCCUUGACUGCCUAGGAUACUUGGAAAUCUAGAUUCUAAGAUGAUAGCUGCUAUCCAAAGCCACACUUCCAGAUCUUAAGAAAAAACCUGCUAAAAUCUCCAUCAAUCCUACCUGUGAAGGGAACAUUAAACAUGCUGCUUCGGUGAGUCCAGUGAUCAAGGUACAGCAGGCAAGUGGUAGAGCUGCAGUAUAUUGCUUUCAGCUUUUAAAGGUAAGUUUGAUAAUUUACUUAAGGUAGAUAUGGUGCAAAUGGCAAUUUUAUCAACAAC